UUGUUAUGCACGCAAUAAUGUACACAAUUUCAUCCAUAGACGAAUUAAAAAUAUUUCCGUCAACUAAACAGUAGAAUUUCCCAUCAACAAAUCCAAUUUUGCUAAUUAACUCUAGUAUUCCAACUAGUAAGCAACAUUAGUUAGCCCAAACAAAGAACCAUGCAUGCUAUAACUUUCACAAUUGCAGUUUUACUGCUCUCUUCUAUUAUCCCAGCAAACUCGAUAGAACCAAUGACCAUGUUCACUGCCCCGAAGAUCACGCAACCCGGCUGCCCUCGCAAAUGCGGCAACCUUACCGUCCCCUACCCAUUCGGGGUUGGCUUGGGAGGCAAUUGCUCAAGAGGCUUGUGGUACGACGUCUUUUGCAUGACGUCUUACGAUCCUCCGAAAGCAUUCCUUAUACCAGCCGAAGAUACACUUAAAAAAGGAAUAGAGAUCCUCGAUAUAUCUGAAACUCAUAUCCGUCUUAAAAAUCAAAUUGGUUACAUUUGCUUCAAUUCAACAAACGUUAUAUCACCUAGAUUUGCCGAUAUGAUUAAUUUCGUGCUCCUCACCAAGGCCUCUCCCUACAGUGUGUCAGGCACAACUAACAAAUUCUUCGCUGUGGGGUGCAACGACUACUUUACUGUGUCUGGGUCAAUAACCAAUGAUCCUUCCUUCUUCAUAAUCUCCGGUGAUGGAGGCAAAUCAUGCCGAACCAAGUGCAGCACCGGUGCCAAGGAUGUCGUAGCAGGCGAAUGCAAUGGCAUAGGGUGUUGUCAAUCCACAAUACCCAACGGAAUAAGAUCUUAUGAAAUGCACGAGUAUAAUAGUAAUCAUACGAAUAUUUCGUCUUAUAACCCUUGUGGAUAUUCAUUUGUGGCAGACCAUGAAAGCUUCAAAUUUCGCGGGCUUCCAGAUCUUGAUGACCCAAACUUUAUCAACAGAACAAUGUAUGACGCUCCUUUGGUUCUAGAUUGGGCCAUAUCUAAUGUUACGUGCGCCAAUGCUCGACGUAAUCGUGACACUUACGAAUGUAAAGGGAACACUAGUUGUGUCAAUGCCGACGAUAGUGGCAUUGGAGGGUAUCGUUGCAAAUGUCUUCCAGGUUAUGAGGGUAACCCUUACCUUAGUCCGGGGUGCUCAGGUAUGUUAUCUUAAGUACUUUUUCUGUUUAGAGAAGAGA